CGGCCAAGCCAUGAAGUGCUCCCUGCGUUUCUGGUUUCUCUCCACGGCCUUCCUGCUGGUCUUUGUCAUGUCGCUCCUCUUCACCUACUCCCACCACAGCAUGGCCACCCUGCCCUACCUGGACUCCGGGGGCCUGGGCAGCACGCACCGGGUAAAGCUGGUGCCAAGCUACACGGGCCUGCAGCGGCUCGGCAAGGGGGGUCACCUGAGCAAGAGCUGUGCCUGCCGCCGCUGCAUGGGGGACACAGGGGCCUCCGACUGGUUUGACAGUCACUAUGAUGGCAACAUUUCCCCUGUCUGGACCAAAGAGAACAUGGAUCUCCCCUUAGAUGUCCAGCGCUGGUGGAUGAUGCUGCAGCCCCAGUUCAAGUCACACAACACCAAUGAGGUGCUGGAGAAGCUGUUCCAGAUUGUGCCAGGGGAGAACCCCUACCGCUUCCGGGACCCCCACAAGUGCCGGCGCUGCGCCGUGGUCGGAAACUCAGGCAAUCUUCGUGGCUCUGGCUAUGGGAGGGACGUAGAUGGACACAACUUUAUCAUGAGGAUGAACCAAGCCCCAACAGUGGGCUUCGAACAAGAUGUGGGCAGCCGGACCACCCAUCACUUCAUGUACCCAGAGAGUGCCAAGAACCUGCCUGCCAAUGUUAGCUUUGUGUUGGUCCCCUUCAAGGCCCUGGACUUGCUAUGGAUCGCCAGCGCCCUGUCCACGGGACAGAUCCGAUUCACCUAUGCUCCUGUGAAGUCCUUCCUCCGAGUGGACAAGGAAAAGGUCCAGAUCUACAACCCAGCCUUCUUCAAGUAUAUUCACGACAGGUGGACAGAGCAUCAUGGGCGCUACCCUUCCACGGGCAUGCUGGUGCUCUUCUUUGCUUUACAUGUGUGUGAUGAGGUGAACGUCUACGGGUUUGGGGCGGACAGUCGAGGCAAUUGGCACCAUUACUGGGAGAAUAACCGCUACGCUGGCGAGUUCCGGAAGACAGGGGUACAUGAUGCGGACUUUGAAGCCCACAUCAUUGACAUGCUGGCCAAGGCCAGCAAGAUUGAAGUCUAUCGGGGCAACUGAGCCCUGACCACCCAACUGUACCUUUCUGCUGCUGUGGCCGGAGGCAUAAGGGACCCUCAGCUCUCCCUCUGGCUGGAGCCUGGAGGCCAGUCACAGGGCACCUGCUUUGUUCCGGGAGUGUUGAAGUUCCCCAAUCAAUCAUGAGAGACUCCACUUGGAGUCUCCAUAACCAAUCAGGAGCAUCUGUCUUCCCUCCCCCCACCAAUUGUGAGAAGUCUGGAGAAAGGCCGACUUCUGGCCCCAAUCACAGGGUGACGGAGUGGAGGCUUUUGUUUUCCAAACCAAUCAUGAAGGACUCACGGGGGUGAGUCCAGUGCCUGUGACCCAGGGGCUCCGGCAGAGGCAAGUGACCUUCAGAGUCAAGCCAGUGGCUACUUUACCCUCCCAUAUUCUUGGAUUAGGGGUAUUUUUUGUGUAGAAUUACUAUUAUUAUUUUAAAUUUAAGGCAAACCAGUUGGUUUCAACAAUCCCCAUGGUGGAAGCCACAGGGGGCCAUAUUCAAGACAUAUCAGAGACUGGAGAGGAAAAGAGUUCAGCGGGUUUAGUCCCCCAGAAGCAGAAAGGUGCAUGCCUAUUUCUGGAGGCCCUUCUAAUCAGGGAGGAAGAAGGCUGGGGGAGCCCUUCCUAAUCCACCCAGCCAUGAGUGCAUUGGAAAAGGGCACUUCUCCCAUUUGCUGUCCUCCUCUUCUGGCCAGUCCUCCUCUGGCCUCUUUGGAGAGGAAGGGAGGGGGAUCACACCAAGGCUUUGAACGGUCUCUAAGACAUAAUCAGAUUGUUUAGGGAAAGACGGCAUGCUGGCCUCUUGGCGUUUGUGGGUAGCUUUGACCAAGAAGUCAAGCAGGAGCCCUUCCACAGCUCUCUAGGCACAUAACAACAGUUGAUCCAGGAUAUUUCCAUUAUUUCCUCAGGGCUGGAGGGUAGAAUAGACCCCACUGAAGCAAAAUGCAAUCAUAGUGGGAACCCCAAGCAGCUUUGGGUGCCCUCGUUCUGGCUCUCCCAUCUCAACUUCCUCACCCCCUGGAUCAGCACUUAACUGCCUCCCUAUGGGAGAAUCUUAGCUGGAGCUCCCAACUUCUCACUUGGGAAGUCGGCCCCUCCCUGGGGGCGAGGAUGGAGAGAUCCGAGAGCAGGGGGUGCAAGGAUUAUGACCCUGGGCAUUGGGGGAAGCCCAGGCACCUCAAAUCCAACAGGCCUUCAAUCCACAAUCACUCCAGUCCUUCCUGUCCCCUUUCCUGGCCCGUGGCCCUCACUCUUCUGGGUACUCUGCUCUAAGGGGAGGACCGAGGCAAAGAAAUCCCCCUUGGAUCCAACCCUACUGUUUCUGCACUACUCAGACCAGCUUUGGGGAGCGACCCUUCCAGAAAGUUCUAGCUAAGGGGCUCUAACAACCCGCCAGCUUGGUGCAUGCAUUUCUCCCCUCUUCUCCCUCCAUGCCAGGCAGGUUCAGGGAGCCUGCUGGCUGGGGUGGGGGGUGUGGGAUCUGCUUCCAUUUCACCAAGUAGCUAACCUGAAGCUGCAAGCCUUGGCUUGGGCACCAAAGGGGGAGAGGGUGCUUUGUUUUUUGUUUUUGUUUUUGUUUUUUUUUUGUUGUUGUUGUUUUGUUUUGUUUUAAGCUAGCCAUGCAACUUAGCCAGGAACCUUGCUGGGGAGGGGUGGGCCUGCCCCCACUGCAUGCCUUCUCCCCUUCAUCCCUUCACUUUGGGUCUCCACCCACCCCCUGCCCAUUUCAGCUCUGGAAGGGGCAGCCAAGGGUUACAUUUUGACUAUCUGCUUGGCUGCCUUAACUCGGCUAUCUCCCCAAGGGAAGACCUUGGUUGGUUGCUAGCCCUUCAGAGUCAGGGGAUCUUGGGAAGGGAGAGAGCAAAGGCUUCUGUGAAGCUGCCCCACUUCCUCCUUCAGCACUGACAGUCUCCACAAUUCCUCCUGGGCAGACACACACACACUCACACUCACGCAUUCCCAGCCUCUUUUAGGACAACAGGCCCCUUCCAGGAGGACUGAGAAAACCCUGACCUGAUGGGGCUGGGCAACGUGGGCCUCUCUCCCAGUCAGUCCCAAGGGAAGGGGGGUAGGAAUGAGACAGCUAGGACAGGGCAGGUUUUGCUGCCCUGCCUUUGGUAACAAGGCCUCCUCCACUAAUCCCAGAGUGGUACUGGGGGCCUGCUAGUCUCAUCCUAAAGCUUAGGGAAGAGGCCGUUUUGAGUGUUUAGAAGAUGGGGGUGGGGUGGGAAAUGCAGUCAUGCUAAACAGUAUUGAACGAAGUAAUUUAUUUCUUUUAUAUCAUCUUGGAAUCCUUCUGGGAGACGCGGGUCUUGUGAGCUGGCCCCCAGCUCCUUUUCUGCAAUAGUUAUUUAAAUGAAUACUUCUUUCUUUCUUGCCUCUUUAUUAAUUAAAAAGUUUCUAAAAAGUGA